UGGAGUCUGAACAGCUAAUCUAUUUCUCGCUCCUCUUCAAUCUCAAAUUCUCAAUCACUCCUCUUCAUGCUUGUCGUCGUCGUCUCAUCCUUAUAUCUCAGGCUCAGCUCAGGAAAAGUGGCCAAGUGGGUUUUCGUUCUCCACCGUACAAUCCGACGGUUGAGAAGAACAGACAUUAUUACCUAGAUGAUUGAGUGAUGGGUAGGUCCAUAUGCCGACGCUCCCAACCGUUCGCUCUGUCUCUGGCCCUCUGCUUAGCCCACGCGCCAAUGCUCAUGGCCCAUGGUCCCACGAUCAGACCACCCUCCCCACCUUCAAAGGGAUAUCCUCCGCCAGGCGCCAACCGUGAACCGCCAUCCACCAUCUCUCUAUUGUUUCUGGAGUUAUCGUGCAUUGGCUUUGCUCUCCUCUCUCUCUCUCUCUCUCUCUCGCGGUGGUUUAGACAAGAGAUUAGACACAUAUGAGCUCUAAAAACAAUUUCGAAUUCGAGGGAUCUCAAUUCAUAAUCGAAAUCAUACACAUAUGAGCUCCAAGUUAAAUUAUGUUGAUCUUAAUCUUCGACCCUCAUGUUUCUUACCAGUCAACAAUCUUACCUAUCGUCGUCCAAAUUUACAAUUCCGUGGGUCUUGCGUUUGGAGGCGUCGAAAACUAAAAUCCCCGCCAAAAUUCACUCUAAGUAACCGGUUAGGUCCUUCAAUAUUUUCUGCCUUGGACGAUUUAUCUCAGGCCCUGCUUUCCCUGUUCCCUUCCGUAAAUUCACUGGAUUUGAUUGCUCCGGCGUUGGGUUUCGCAUCGGGACUUGCUCUGUAUUUCUUUCAUUUGAAGUCCUCUCGGGAUUUUGCCGUGUCCCAUAUUGGAAGCUGGAUUUUGUUCACUAGUCCUACGCCGUUUAAUCGAUUUGUGCUGCUUCGUUGUCCAUCUUUAUCCUUUCAAGGGAGUGAGCUGCUCCAGGACGUCAAUGAGAACCUCGUCAAGGAAGACCGGCAUUUCGUCAAGCUCAAUAGCGGCAGGAUUCAAAUCAAAGAACCCGCUGGCGUUUUCGAGGGAAAACUUCUUUACCAGCGAGUUUGUGUACCCACCGAUGAUGGAGGGGUGAUUUCCCUGGACUGGCCUGCGAAUUUGGAUUUGACCGAGGAACCUGGAAUGGAUACCACUCUGUUGCUUGUUCCCGGAACAACAGAAGGAAGCAUGGAUAAUAACAUACGCAUGUUCGUCUAUGAAUCUCUGAAACACGGAUGUUUUCCAAUCGUCAUGAAUCCCAGGGGAUGCGCAGGUUCACCACUGACCACUGCUCGGUUAUUUACAGCUGCUGACAGCGAUGAUAUCUGCACAGCUGUACAGUUCAUCAACAGGGCAAGACCGCGGACAACCUUGAUGGGUGUUGGUUGGGGAUAUGGUGCAAACAUGCUGACAAAAUACCUUGCAGAAGUGGGAGAAAGAACACCUUUUACAGCUGCGACAUGCUUUGACAAUCCAUUUGACUUAGAAGAAGCUACAAGGUCAUCUUCUCAUCACAUUGCUGCAGACCAGAAGCUCACUGAUGGCCUGAUAGAUAUUCUGCGUUCUAACAAGGAACUCUUUUAUGGAAGAGCAAAAGGGUUUAAUGUGGAAAAGGCUCUAUCAGCAAAAUCUCUGCGUGAUUUUGAGAGUGCAAUCUCUAUAGUUUCUUAUGGGUUUGAAUCCACUGAGGAGUUCUAUGCAAAAGCUAGUACAAGACAAUUAGUUGGGAAUGUUAAGGUUCCCCUUCUCUUUAUACAGAGUGACAAUGGGACAGUGCCGGUGUUCUCUACUCCACGCAAUUCCAUAGCAGAAAAUCCAUUUACAAGCUUGCUUCUCUGUUCUUGUUUGCCUUCUAGUAUGCUUAUAAGAUCUUGGUACCAUCAACUUGCAAUUGAGUGGCUUACGGCAGUGGAGCUUGGACUUCUGAAGGGUCGCCAUCCUCUGCUGAAAGAUUUGGAUGUUACCAUCAACCCACCAAAAGGUUUAUCUCUGGUUGAAGGUAAAACAUUAGAUAAAGGUAAAACUGUUAACAAUUUUUUGAAUCUUACCCAAUCAGGUGCUUUAAAUGGAUAUUCUGUUGAUCCAAUAAGGGAUAUGCUUGAAGAAAGUGAUACUGCAGCUAAUUUUCAUUUAAGAUCGAGAAGAUAUUUAGAAAAGGAGUUGAACUUUGGUGGUCUAAGAUGGCAAGAAGAGAACAACCGUGAUGUCUCACAGCAAAAUACUUCAGUGGAUGUGCAACCAGUCAAAGAGGAGGGGGAUAAUCCAGUUAAUACCGAAAGAGGCCAAGUGCUACAGACUGCACAAAUGGUCAUGAAUAUGCUAGAUGUGACUAUGCCUGGUACACUAGCAGAUGAACAGAAGAAGAAGGUCCUCAGUGCCGUGGAACAAGGAGAAACACUAAUGAAAGCUUUGCAAGGAGCUGUACCAGAAUAUGUUCGUGGAAAGCUUACUGCUGCUGUUUCUGAAAUUGUGCAGACCCAAGGAACAAAGAAGAUUGGUGAGAUUCACAAUGUGCCAUCCAAGGGAAACUCAAGGGUCCAAGAAACACUUGGAGGACUAUCAAAUUCUGAAGUUGUGUCUAAUGACACUCAUCCUUCAAAACAGGCAAAAGGGGUUGAUGAUCCACCAGGUGAUUCUGUUAACAAUCAACCUGACAUGGAGAAGACUGGUGGGGAACUAGAACCAGAGCUUCAACCUACACAGAACUUACAAAAAUCUGUAGAUCCAGGUUACUCUCAAUCUGGGAGUAAUCAUGCAGGUGAUAUCUCCAGUCCAGAAAGGAAAGAUGGUAAUAAGUUGGAGAAUAAUCAUGUAAAGAGUGACAUUUUAAAAAAAAAGGCUGCCCAAUUUUCUGACUUUGAGGAAACGGGAGAAAGAGGUGUUAAUCUCAACCACCAUAACGGGUCCAAGAUGGCAGGUGGAACUGAGGAAGGUAUCUGUGAACAGGAUGGAAUGAGUCAAGGCAGUGGAAUAGCUCAUAUGAAAGUGGAAGAAGUGAAUGACACUCAGAACAAUGAAGAUAAAAAAAGGAUACUAUCAUCCAUUGGUAUUGAAGAAUCAUUGUCAAAUUCCAAACCCUUUCCUGAGUCUCCAUCAAUGGAAAAGAAAGGGAAUGGUAACGAGAAGAAUGAAGACAAUGAUAUGCAGCCUGCAACUAAUCAUAGUAAACGAGGUUCCAUAAAAUCUGAAGAAACUUCUCCAUCACUUCCACCAACUUCUAACACCCCCUCUAUCAGUGUUUCUCAAGCAUUAGACGCAUUGACAGGAUUCGAUGAUUCUACCCAAAUGGCUGUGAACAGUGUCUUUGGAGUUUUGGAGAAUAUGAUUACUCAGUUGGAGGAGGAUAAACAUGACAAGAAUGAUGAAAAUGAAGAUAAGAAUGAGGAUGGAAAACCAGGCUCUACAUCUGAAAUACAUUCUUCCAAUGCCAAUAAAUAUAAGUUGGAAGCAGAAGAAGAGUGCAAAAUUGAGUUGAGCUCCCAGUCUGAUUUAUCAUGCAUUCACCCUGUAAGUAAUUUCCAUGAGAACUGUGCAGAAUCACAUCAAGAGGGAAGUAAGGGAUGGAAUGAAAAUAAGCUCACUCAAAACCCUAUCUCAUCCUUCAAUAACACUAUUGCUGAUUCAAAUAGAAUUAAUCAUGUCUACAAAGAGGACAAAAGGGAGAAGCAUCAUUUUUCUGGACCCAAAUAUUUGGUUUAUAACUCAGAUAAGGUUAGACAUGUCUGUAAUAUUCCACUAUAUGUAACUGUAGAUCCAUAUGGAGACUCAAUGUACAAUGAAUACCUCCGUAAAUAUCUUCUUUCAAGGAUUCCAACUACCAAAUCACUAGAUUUAGAUACAACUACUGAUCUAUUGCUUGACUACUUUCCAGAAGAAGGUCAAUAUAAGCUAUUGGAUCAAUCGGAAAACAAUAGAAGUUAUGCUGAUGACGGAACAACUGAUGUGGGCCUUGAUGGAAACAGUCAGGCUAUCCUAUCGCCAGAUCAAGCCAAUGAUACAGACACAUUUAUUGAGCCAUCUUAUGUAAUUUUAGAAACUAAGAAAGAACAGGAACCAGUUGGAGAAUAUGAGACCAUAAAUACUUGUAAUAAAAAGGAUGAACUGAUCCCUUCUAAAUCCUUGGAUCUAGUACAGUUAAUUAAGAACAUUAUACUUGAUUCUUUGAAGGUGGAAGUUGGUCGCAGACUUGGUUCACCUGAUAUGGAAGCAAUGGAGUCCAAUCUUGCCCAAGAUUUGGAGAAAGUUGCAGAUACAGUGUCUUUGGCAGUAGAACAUAGCAAGGAGGUGAACUUGUGUUUGGAAAACAAAGAUACUGCUUCAGGAAAGGUUGGCACUCUUGAUGCAGAACAUGUUAUAAGAGCAAUUUCCUAUGCUGUUCAAGAUGCUAGUUACUUGAGAAAAGUUCUGCCGGUUGGUGUUAUUGUAGGUUCUAGCCUAGCUGCUUUGAGAAAAUACUUCAAUGUGGCUACACUGCAUGAUAAUGAUCAUAGUGAAGCUGAAAACGUGAGGGAGAAGUUUUAUGAUAAAAUGGUUGAUGUAAGAGACAAUCAUAAAUAUUUUGACAAAAAAAAUCAAUAUUUUGAUAUAGACAGCUCAGUAAGCAGUGGCAAGGAGAAAGGUGAUGUAGAGAAUGAUGAUAGAGUCAUGGUUGGUGCUGUUACAGCAGCUCUGGGUGCAUCUGCUUUGCUGGUACACCAGCAGAUAAAAGAACCAUAUAAAAGUGGCAAUAUUUCUGAAGUUUCUUCCAGGUUUCCAAAUGAAAAAGAGAACCAUGAGGCAGAAUGUGGUAAGUUUGAGGAAACAGUACCAGAAAAGAGCCAAAGCAAUAUAGUGAGUAGCCUAGCUGAGAAAGCCAUGUCAGUUGCUGCUCCUGUGGUACCUACCAAAAGUGAUGGUGAAGUGGAUCAGGAAAGGCUGGUCGCAAUGCUGGCAGACUUGGGACAGAAGGGUGGAAUCUUGAAGCUGCUUGGUAAAAUUGCUUUGCUUUGGGGUGGCAUACGUGGUGCUAUGAGUUUGACUGACAGACUUAUUUCAUUCUUGCAUAUUGCUGACCGCCCUUUGUUUCAGAGAAUUCUUGGGUUUAUCUGCAUGGUGCUUGUUCUAUGGUCACCAGUAGUUAUUCCUCUCUUUCCAACACUAGUGCAAAGCUGGGCAGCACAAAAUUCUACUGGAAUUGCUAAAUAUGCUUGCAUCUUAGGCCUUUACACUGCUGUUAUGAUCCUUAUUACGUUAUGGGGUAAAAGAAUUCGAGGAUAUGAAAAUCCACUCAAGCAAUAUGGGCUGGAUUUGACAUCAUCACAAAAGCUCAAUGAUUUUUUAAUGGGUCUGAUAGGAGGAGCAAUUCUAAUCUCAUUGAUGCACUAUAUAAACACAUUACUUGGUUGUGCAUGCUUGUCUUGGCCAUUAGGACUGACUCCAGCAUCACCAGAUGCCAUGUCAUGGAUCAAAGUGUAUGCAAGGAUGAUAAUACAAGCUUGUCGAGGAAUUGUUACAGCAAUUGGUAUUGCCAUAACAGAAGAACUGCUUUUCAGGUCGUGGUUGCCCGAAGAGAUAACAGUGGAUCUUGGUUAUCACAGGGCAAUUAUUAUUUCAGGAUUUGCAUUUUCUAUACUUCAGAGGUCUCCCCGCGCCAUACCAGGGCUAUGGCUGUUAUCUUUGGCUCUGUCUGGGAUUCGGCAAAGAAAUGAUGGUAGUCUCUCCAUUCCAAUUGGGAUCCGUGCAGGAAUGUUGGCUUCAAAUUUCAUUUUACAGACAGGUGGCUUUUUAGCAUACAAUUCAAAUUCUCCCCUCUGGUUAACAGGGUCCUAUCCUUACCAACCAUUCAGUGGAGCUGUUGGUCUAGUGCUAUCCUUGUUAUUAGCUUUAACUUUCUAUCCACGGCAACCUCUUCGGGAGAAAAAAAUUUCGGGGGCCAUCCAAGAAUAGAUUCAGAAAACAUUCAUCUGAAUUCUGCACGUUCUCUGAGUAUGACAUAGUGGAUGAGAGCAUACCAGGGACGAUUUUCUGACUGUACACUAGUGUACACCUUUGUAGCUCUGCGGGUUCAAGCUUAUGGGUUGAUACUUCCUUCGGCCAAGCCUGUGAUCGUGCACAGUUUCGAGAAGAAAUUGAGGCAAUCCUCCAAGGAAAGCUUUGUACAAAUUGCCCCCAUUACAUGUAAAAACUUUGGCUGUGGUCUGUUUCCCAGCUUACUGCACACCAUACCUAACUCAGGUCCUCGCUUAUUGAAAAUAUUCUUUUUGUCCAUACUCAUGAUAACGUGUAAAUGUGUAAUGCGCAGAAGGGUUCCCAAAUAGCCAGAGUUCACCCUACAUAAGAGUGCAUCUUCGUAAGUUCCG